AUGACGAAGAUGCUGGGCUACUCGCCGCCGCUUAGGGCUAACCGCGUCGUCCCGCCGCCCCCUGAGGGGGAGCGCAGCUCCCUGCUCUUCCACAUCGACCGCGUCGAGGACUGGACACCUCGCGGGCCACGGUCUCCUGAGUCAUACCAGAGCAGCCUACCAUCCUCGGGUUCCGACGACGAUGAUCGCCGCCCCAUGUUGGAGAUCGCCACGCUUGACUGGAGGUUCAACGUCGAGGACAACCGCGAGCACCACCCGCCGCCUGCGCCGGCACCAGCCCCUGCCCCGGCUCCGCGCCACCAGCAGCGUGUCAGGCAGGCGCCACGUGUGGCCUCUACAGGCUGCCGUGCAAGGACGCCCCGGCUGCCCGCUCGCCCAGCGCCAAACGUCACCACAGCCGCAAGCCGGGGCCGCGUCACAGGCGGCGCCACGUCGACGCUCAACCAAGAUGCCGGAGCCACUCCUUGCCCCGCCGCGCCCCUGCUGCCCCCGGCGGCCGCACCAGUUGCGGUGGCUCCCCCACCCCCUCCAGCUCCUCCAGCUCAGACUGACACACCGCUUCCGCCCGCUGAAGAGCCUGAAGACCAAGUGGCCCGCUUCUUUGCUAACAGAAGCGACACCAUCACCCCUCCCCGCUGGACUGACAGUAUGGUGUUUGAGGUAAACGCCACAAUUGAAGCCGCCCUGGCACAGCCGCUGCCCUUCUCCCCCAAGCCUCCGAAAAAGCUCGCUAAGCAGAUGACAGCAGAUCACCGGGCCCCUUCCACCCUCAGCCGCGCUCGCCCUCCUCUGCGCAGCUGUCCAAGCCCCACCCUGAAGAUGACCAAGACAGCAACACCGACGACAGUUGAGCCAGUGCACCUCCCCCUGGUCACUGCUAAGAUGGAUGGCCUCGAGAUAGGGCAGUGCAGCUCCCAGGAGGAUCAAGGCAAGCAGGCGGUCGCCCGUGCCCUCUUCACCGAUGUUCAGCAACCCAUCAUCGCCUCUCCAAUUGCGCCACCACCGGAUGCAGGGAAGCCAAAGAAACAGAUGCUUCCCCCAGAAGGAGUGCUCGCCAAGCAGGAGCAAAGAAUGACGUCCCGGUGGCAAGCCGAGCUUCCCUGA